UGCUGUUUGGGGUUUUAGGCUGGGUUUCUGUAUAGCACUUUGUGACACCUGCUGAUGUAAAAAGGGAUGUAUAAAUACAUUUGAUUUAGUUAAGCGUUGAGUUAGAUAACAUAGCUACCUCAAUUGUUAAUUCAAAUAAUUUCGGUGACUUAAUGUAACGUAGACGCUGGGAGUCUUGAAGCAGGUGGUAAGUUUAAUAUAACAAGUACCGAUGCAACGUAGGAGUAGGAGUCUAGACAACAGAAACAAUACUGCCUGGGGAAAAAACCCAAGGGAGUACCAGAUAAAGGAAAGGUAAUGAGUGAGGUAAUGGAGUCCAGGUGUGCCUAAUGAUGAAUUUGUAAAUUAAAGAGGAAUUUAAUAGCACAAAUAAAAAGGAGUUUCCCAUCUCCCCAUUAAGAGUAUUUCUGGUGCAGCACAGAAAUGCCCUUAUCCAGAUGGUGUGACAAAGGCAUUUCCUAACAGACCUGCUAACAUUCUUUGUUGUUACUUUUAAGGUUAGAACCAACUUGCAGUAUCUACAGCAGGCAGAGACGUGAGAAACCUUUUGUCGGCCAGCUCAGGGACAAGCUACACUAUUCGCAUCCCUCAUUAAUAAUCAAACUGCUGAAAGACAGGUGUUGGGUGUAGUUUUAUAGUGCACCACGGAGAAUGUGAAAGCAUGCCAAUUACCUACAGAAGGUUUUUAUGUCACGACAGCUGGAAAAGCGAAGGAGAGGGACCAUGCACUCAGGGGUAUUUAUGAGGGUGCUGAUACUGUCAGUUGUCACUGAUCCUAUCCCAGCUCAAAACUCUGAGAUCUUCACUUUGGUGGUCCCUCAUGGUCCGAUUUUGACCCGGAUAAACGCCUCCAUCUCCCUACCUUGUGAACUCUCACCUAUCUUCAGUGCAGAGCCGUUGGAGGUGCGUUGGUACCGGCCUGGUAACUUCAACCGACCUGCCUUGUUAUACAAGGACCACAGCAUCCAGGCAUCUGUGGACCCCCGGUACUGGGGCAGGGUGUCUCUAACUGGGGGGCUGGAGAGGGGGAACGUGUCCCUGAGACUAGACAGGGUCACUUUGGAAGACAGGGGCGAGUAUGUGUGCCGUGUCAGCAGCGAACAGUGGUAUGAAAAGGCCAGUGUGUCCCUCACACUGAUUGUAUUAGGUGGUAUCCCAGUUUUGUCUCUUGCUGAAGCAAGAGGAGGAGGAGGCCAGGUGAACGUUACCUGUUCAUCAGUGGGCUGGUCACCACAACCUACACUCACCUGGAAAAACAAAGAAGGCGCAGAGCUCAGAAAUGUACAAGAAGUACUCUACACACAUGAUUCUCAGGGCUUGGUGAGCGUAAGUAGUUGGCUGCUGUAUUCUCCCUCAGACUCCGAUUGGCUCUCCUGUACAGUCUCUCUGUCUGAGGAGGAGGAGAAGGAGAGUAGAAUCCUGCCCAGAGCUCCAAUGGACGGUCAUUGGAGUCUUGGAGCCUUCAUCACGACCCUGAUUAUUUUACUGCUAGUCGUCUUUACUGUCAUUGGGCUCUUCAUCUGGAACAAAAAAACUGAUAAAACAGAGUCUACGGAGAGGCCAGAAGAAACAGCUCUUGUCAGAGAAUGUGGUAUGCAACCUGCGAAGGAAACUACUACACAGAAGAAAUGUGUCCCAAAAGCAUGGGGAGAAGUGAAGAGAUUCAAAGUGGACAUCACUCUGGACCCAACAUCUGCUCACCCUAACCUAAACGUGUAUGCAGGUAGAAAGAAGGUUUAUUGUAGGGACUCAAAAGUAACUGAUGUUCCCACAGCUCUUCAUGUCUUUAGUGAGGACAGAUUCAGCUCCGGACAGUCAUACUGGGAAGUGAAGGUGAGGGAAGAUUCCAUUUUUAGCAAAGAGAAAGAGUCAUGGUAUGUUGGAGUGGCCACAGACACAGCAGUCAACAAAACUGUGGUUGUCCCCUUAACCCCUGAGAAUGGUUUCUGGGUUUUAACAUGUGAAAAAGAGAAAGGUUAUUAUGUCCAUGCUGACCCUCAAAUGCCAGUAUCUGGAAACGAAAGCCCUUUAAUAUUUCUAAGCCUAUCAGAAACAGGAAAAGCAAUUCUUACAACACUUGGAGUUUUCUUUGAUUGUGACAAACAGAUGCUUUCCUUUUAUGAUGCUGAAUCAAAGGUACAUCUUUACAGUUUGUUUAACAUUGUGUCGUCUAACACAUUCUUAGGUGUAUUCAGCCCUGGGUUACGUGGCAGAUGUUUAACAGUUCAAUGACUCUGGAUGACAAAUAAAUAAAAUCCAAUUGUAACACUCUGAGACACUAACAGGGAAUUCAACUGCAUAGAGACAUUAUACAUGAAAUGUGAAUUUACUACCUGUAGUGAGAUCAUUGAUGUAUAUCUGUAAUAAAAGUUUUGAAUACCAACAACA